AUGGCCGCUCCUGAAAUCCCCGCCAAGCAGAAGGCCGUCAUUUACGACCAGCCUGGAACGGUUUCGACAAAGGUUGUGGAACUAGAUGUUCCAGAGCCUGGUGCUGGCGAGGUUCUGAUUAAUCUAACACACUCGGGCGUGUGUCACUCGGACUUCAGUAUCAUGGCCAAUAAAUGGAGCCUGUUCCCACACCCAUGUCAGGCAGGCCAAGUAGGCGGCCACGAAGGCGUCGGUAAGGUAGUCAAGCUCGGUGCAGGCACCGAAUCCUCGAACCUGAAGAUCGGCGAUCGAGUCGGCGUCAAAUGGAUUUCCAGCGUAUGCGGGAACUGCCCACCCUGCCAAGCCAACACCGAAGCACUGUGCGUUAACCAGAAAGUCUCUGGCUACUACACGCCAGGAACAUUCCAGCAAUACACACUAGGACCCGCAAACUAUGUGACCCCGAUCCCAGAUGGUCUUGACUCCGCCGCAGCAGCACCACUCCUCUGCGCCGGCGUAACCGUCUACUCCGCACUAAAGCGCAGCAAUGCGCGGCCCGGGCAAUGGGUGGUAAUCUCCGGCGCCGGCGGCGGCCUGGGCCACCUCGCAGUGCAGCUCGCGAGCCGUGGAAUGGGCCUGCGGGUAAUCGGUAUUGACCAUGGCAGUAAAGAAGGACUAGCCAAGGAAUCUGGGGCGGAGCAUUUCGUGGACAUCACACAGUUCCCGAGAGAUGAUAAUGGCGCCGCGCUGACGAAACACGUUCACUCGCUGGCGGAUGGACUGGGCGCUCACGCAGCGAUUGUCUGUACUGCUGUAAAUGCGGCUUAUGCACAGGCGCUGCCAUUGCUGCGUUUCAACGGUACGUUGGUCUGCGUGGGCCUUCCGGAAAAUGACCCGCAGGCUAUUGCAACGGCAUUCCCGGCUGCGAUAGUUAGCAAGCAUUGGACUAUUACUGGGUCGGCGGUUGGGAAUCGUAAGGAGGCUAUUGAGACUAUGGAGUUUGCUGCGAGGGGUGUUAUUAAGGCGCAUUAUCGGCUUGAGAAGAUGGAGGCUUUGACUGAGGUGUUUAAGGAGAUUGAGGAGGGGAAGCUACAGGGUCGGGUUGUAUUGGAUCUUUCUGGGUGA